GGUGGCGCGGGGCCUGAGAGCCGCCCCCACCCACUCCAGCCUGCGGCCGCCUCCUCCCUCCAGGGCGCCCGCCCGGGCUCUCGGCCUUGGCAUCCCCAGGGGCGCGGGCCCAGCCCGAGACGGAGCGGGGAGCUUUGGGCGCGGCGGCUGGAGAGCCGCGCGGCCGGGGCAGAGCUGCAGGGGCGGCCAGGGGGCGAGACCCGGUCGGGAGGGGGCGGGCGGGGAGCUAGCGCCCUGGGACGGAGUCGGCCGGGCGGGCGCCGCGCCCCUGCUUGCGCGCAUGGGGCGGAGGCAGAGGGGCGGCACCCCCUUCCCGGAUUGGGAGGGGGUCCUGGAGAGGCCCCGGGCCGGGUGCAGGGGCGCGGCGUCCCCGCGGGCGGCUAGUGACACGAUCAUCUCCUUUUCCUUUAAGCUUGCCUGUUGCCGACGCCGCCGCUCCAGUCGCGCCGCGGGCAGAAGACCGGACCGCUGAGCCCCAGGCCGUGGCGGCGGCGGCGCGACCCCCAUGCCUUGACCCCCUGCCCGGGGGCGGGGGCCGGGCACGACCCGCCGGGGCGGGUCCCGCGCGCCUCCUCCCACCCGGGGGCCCGCCUCCCCCUCUCCCCGCCCCCCGGUCCCGAACCCCGCGCACCUCGUCUGGGGACCGGGCUUGGGGGGGGGCAGGGCCGCCGCUCCUCCCCGCCCCCUCCUCCUCCGGCCUCUGGAGCGAUUUGUCAAACUUCCCAUUCCGCCAGCGGAGCGGCCCCCCCCCCCCCCCCGCCCCCAGCGCGCUCCUCCCUCCCGCGCCUCCCGCGCCACCCGCCUCCUUCCCUCCGCACGUUCGGGAUCGCGGCGGAGCGCGGAGAGGGGGGGACUCGGAGAGCCGGGGCGCAGCAGCAUCCUGCGGGCGGCCGCUCUCCGGGGGGGAGGCUGAGAGCCGCCCGCCUCGCCCCCCCGCGGCCCGCCGCCCCUCCCUCCCGCUUCUCAGCCCGGCAGCGGCGGCGCGGCGGCGGCGGCGGCAGUCGCCGGAGGAGCAUCAUGCCGAGGAGGAAGCAGCAGGCGCCCCGGCGCGCAGCAGCCUAUGUUUCCGACGAGCUAAAGGCUGCCGCCCUGGUGGAGGAAGACCUGGACCCGGAAGAGAGCGCGGCAGAUGGGGAGCCCUCGGCCAAGUACGUGUGCCCCGAGAAGGAGCUCAGCAAGACCUGCCCCAGCUACCAGAACUCGCCCGCUGCCGAGUUCUCCAGCCACGACCUGGACAGCGAGUCGCACAUCAGCGAGGCCAGUGACCGCAUGGCUGACUUCGAGAGUGGCUCCAUCAAGAACGAGGAGGAGACCAAGGAGGCGGCGGUGGCGCUGGAGGACACGACCGUGUCGGACAGCCUGGAGCAGAUGAAGGCCGUGUACAACAACUUCCUGUCCAACUCCUACUGGUCCAACCUCAGCCUCAACCUGCACCAGCCGUCCUCGGAGAAGCACCCCGGCAGCAGCAGCAGCAGCAGCAGCAGCGGCAGCAGCUGCGGGAGCGGCAGCUUCGACUGGCACCAGAGCGCCGUGGCCAAGACGCUGCAGCAGGCGCCGCCGAGCCGCGCCCUGCCCGAGCCCAGCCUCUUCAGCACGGUGCAGCUGUACCGCCAGAGCAGCAAGCUCUACGGCUCCAUCUUCACGGGCGCCAGCAAGUUCCGCUGCAGGGACUGCAGCGCCGCCUACGACACGCUGGUGGAGCUGACGGUGCACAUGAACGAGACGGGCCACUACCGUGACGACAACCACGAGGCGGACAACAACAACCCCAAGCGCUGGUCCAAGCCGCGCAAGCGCUCGCUGCUGGAGAUGGAGGGCAAGGAGGACGCCCAGAAGGUGCUCAAGUGCAUGUACUGCGGCCACUCCUUCGAGUCCCUGCAGGACCUGAGCGUGCACAUGAUCAAGACGAAACACUACCAGAAAGUGCCUCUGAAGGAGCCCGUCACGCCCGUCGCGGCCAAAAUCCUCCCCGCCGCCCGGAAGAAAGCUCCCCUGGAGCUGGAGCCGCCCAGCUCCCCGGACUCCACGGGCGGGACGCCCAGGGCCCCGCCGGCCGACGCGCACGACGCGCUCCAGAAGAACGCCAACCCCUACAUCACGCCCAACAACCGCUACGGCCACCAGAACGGCGCCAGCUACGCCUGGCACUUCGAGGCCCGCAAGUCCCAGAUCCUCAAGUGCAUGGAGUGCGGCAGCUCCCACGACUCCCUGCAGGAGCUCACCGCCCACAUGAUGGUCACCGGCCACUUCAUCAAGGUCACGAACUCGGCCAUGAAGAAGGGGAAGCCCAUCCUGGAGACGCCCGUCACGCCCACCGUCACCACCCUGCUGGACGAGAAGGUGCAGUCGGUGCCCCUGGCGGCCACCACCUUCACGUCCCCCUCCCACACGCCGGCCAGCGUGUCCCCCAAGCUGAGCGUGGAGGUCAAGAAGGAAGCGGACAAGGAGAGAGCAGUGCCUGACGAGAAGCCCAAGGACAAGGAGAAGCCCUGUGAGGAGGAAGGCAAGUACGACGUCCCCUCCAAGUACCACUAUUUGACGGAAAAUGACUUAGAGGAGAGUCCCAAGGGGGGGCUGGACAUCCUCAAGUCCCUGGAGAACACCGUGACGUCUGCCAUCAACAAGGCCCAGAACGGCACCCCCAGCUGGGGGGGCUACCCCAGCAUCCACGCCGCCUACCAGCUCCCCAACAUGAUGAAGCUGUCCUUGGGCUCGGCCGGGAAGGGCGCGCCCCUGAAGCCCGUGUUCAGCGCCAGCGAGAUCCUGUCCCCCACGAAAAGCCAGACCCUGGUCUCCUCGCCCGGCAGCCAGACCUCGCCCAUGCCCAAGACCAACUUCCACGCCAUGGAGGAGCUGGUGAAGAAGGUCACGGAGAAAGUGGCCAAGGUCGAGGAGAAGAUGAAGGAGCCGGAGGGCAAGCUCUCUCCACCCAAGCGGGCCACCCCGUCCCCCUGCAGCAGCGAUGGCAGCGAGCCCAUCAAGAUGGAGGCAUCUGGCGACGGGGGCUUCCAGAGCCAGGAGCACAGCCCCAGCCCUGCGCGGGACGGCGGCAAGGAGGGCAGCCCCCCGGCGGAGCCCGUGGAGAAUGGCCAGGAGCUGGGCCAGCCCGUGGGCAGCAGCCUGAGCAGCAGCACCGCCAUCAUCACAGACCACCCCCCCGAGCAGCCGUUCGUGAACCCGCUGAGCGCCCUCCAGUCGGUCAUGAACAUCCACCUGGGCAAGGCCGCCAAGCCCUCCCUGCCCGCCCUGGACCCCAUGAGCAUGCUCUUCAAGAUGAGCAACAGCCUGGCCGAGAAGGCGGCCCUGGCCACGCCGCCGGCCCUGCCGCCCCGGAAGGCGGACCCCCUGGACCGCUACCUCUACCACGCCAGCCACGACCAGCCCAUAGACCUGACGAAGGGCAAGGGCGACAAAGGCUGCUCGGCGGGGUCGGUGCUGCUGUCGGCCACGUCCACGUCCCCGGCCACCUCCUCGUCCACGGGGACCACGGCGAAGACGUCCGCCGUCGCGUCCUUCCUGUCGAGCUCGCCGCUCCGCGAGAACGCCCUGUCGGACAUAUCCGACAUGCUGAAGAACCUGACGGAGAGCCACACAUCCAAGUCCUCCACCCCCUCCAGCGUCUCGGAGAAGUCUGACCUCGACGGGGCGACGCUGGAGGAGGCGGAGGAGGCGACGCCUGCGCAGAAGAGGAAGGGCCGCCAGUCCAACUGGAACCCCCAGCACCUGCUGAUCCUGCAGGCCCAGUUCGCCGCCAGCCUGCGGCAGACCGCAGAGGGCAAGUUCAUCAUGUCGGACCUGAGCCCGCAGGAGCGCAUGCACAUCUCCAGGUUCACGGGGCUCUCCAUGACCACCAUCAGCCACUGGCUCGCCAACGUGAAGUACCAGCUCCGAAGGACAGGCGGGACCAAGUUCCUCAAAAACCUGGACACGGGCCACCCCGUGUUCUUUUGCAAUGACUGCGCGUCGCAGAUCAGGACUCCCUCCACGUACAUCAGCCACCUGGAGUCUCACCUGGGCUUCCGGCUCCGGGACCUGUCCAAACUGUCCGCCGAACAGCUCAGCGGCCAGAUAGCACAAACCAAGUCGCCCUCGGAGAAGCUGAUGACGUCCUCCCCCGAGGAGGACCUGGGCACCUCCUACCAGUGCAAGCUGUGCAACCGGACCUUUGCGAGCAAGCACGCGGUGAAACUUCACCUGAGCAAGACGCACGGCAAGUCCCCGGAGGACCACCUCCUGUACGUGUCCGAGCUGGAGAAGCAGUAGCGUUGGCUGCCGGCGAGGCGGCUGUGGUUCGCUCUGAGGGAAACGGCGGCAGGCACCUGAAGGCCCCCGUCCGGCCGUGGCACGGGCCCCCUUCCCGGCAGAGCGCCGCUCCGGGCUAGACCGUGCCGUGUGGCUGUCAAGUGGCCGGUGGAGGCGCGUGACCGGCUGCCGUCACUGGCGAACAUGGAGGUGGAGACGCAGUGCUGAGCGUCGGGGACUCCGUGUGCGUGGGGUUUCGUCGGGGGCGCCCGGCGCUCCGCGCUGCAUGCUUUCACGGACCGUCUGACUCCGCGUCGGUAACGGCCCGGCGCCGCCCACCCCGCGCCUGCGGCGCGCCGGGGCUCCUCACCCUCUCAUCUGUAGCCCUCCGAGUACUUUGAAGCACUUUUGCAUUCAUUUGGUUAAAAAAUAAAAUAAAAUUAUAAUAAUGUAGGAAGCUCUGUUUUUUAAACUCCUUACCAGCUUCGUUAUAAUUAAUAAUAUGAACCUCCACUUAUGCAGGUCUGCAGGGGUAUAACACGCCUUGAAAUUUAAAAGAAUAUUAUUUUCACAUUGAAACAUAGAUGUAUAUAUUGUAUAGAUUUCAGACUCUCUUAUGGAAAACGUGAUUGUGGUUCGAGGACCUUUGUUCCUGCAUUUGUAGCAACGGUGUUUUAUGUCCCUGCUAUGCUCCGGGCACCGGCCAUGCCUGUGUAUAGUGUCUCCUUCCCUUCCCCUUUUUUAAGGUCUAUGGGUUUUGUUUUUUACAUGCAAACAUUGUAAAUUAUACAGAAGAUACCACAGAUAGCAUUUAUAAAGUAUACAGAAACAUUAUCUGAAAGCAAAGUAUGAUUGUUUGUUUUGCUACACAGUACACCUAUGUUGAUAGAGGUUCACGUUUAAAUUAUACAUAUUUAUUAGCACCACAUUAUCAUUUGUUUUGAGCAGUCUGAAUAAAUGAGGCCAGGCACGACACCGCGGCAGGCAGCAUCGUAACUAUUUUGCACAUCGUUUUUAAAGGUAUUUAUUAGAAGUCAAAGAAUGCUCAAAAUAAGCUCAGUGCUCAAAGGGUUAAGUCUAUUUGAAAAUGAAAAAAAAA